AUGAGCAUGUCUGCCACUCGCAUCGGACAACGGCUCUGCCGUCAGUCUCGACGUUCCCCCAUCACUCUUCAACCUCGCCUCACACAAACAAUCCGUCUCAAUGGCGCAUCCCGCACAUUCUCAGCCACCGCUCGGGUCCAGGCUCCUCGCUUUGCCGACUCCCAGAGCAGCACCAAGCUGCAUGAGCACGAGCUGUUCUCGCGGAGACACAUCGGCAGCGAGUCGAGCGAGCAGACCGAGAUGCUCAAGGUUCUCGACCCCCCCGUGAGCUCCAUGGAGGAGUUCCUCGACCAGACUAUCCCCCCGCAGGUCAGGAGGAAGCAAAAGGGUCUUAACCUUGUUGAGCAGUGGUACGAGGGCGGUGCUGAGACUGAGGUCCCUGCCAAUGGCCGCACCGAGCACUACGUCCAGCAGGAGAUGCGAAAGCUCGCCAAGAACAACAAAGUCUAUGAAUCCUUCAUUGGUGCUGGCUACUACGGAACUCUAGUCCCUGCCGUGAUUCAGCGCAAUGUCCUCGAGAACCCUGCCUGGUACACCAGCUACACCCCAUACCAAGCUGAGAUCAGCCAGGGCCGUCUCCAGUCCCUCCUAAACUUCCAGACUCUCGUCACCGACUUGACCGGUCUUGACAUCGCCAAUGCCUCCGUUCUCGACGAGGCCACCGCCGCUGCCGAGGCUAUGACCAUGUCAAUGGCCAACGCCCCCAAGGGCAAGGGCCAGAAGGUCUUUGUCGUCUCCCAGGACUGCCACCCCCAGACCAUCUCUGUCCUGCAGUCCCGAGCUGAGGGCUUCAACAUCAAGCUCGUCAUUGGCGAUGUCCUCGCCGACAACUCCAAGCUCGUCCGCGAAGUCGAGGGUGACCUCAUUGGCACCCUGAUCCAGUACCCCGAUACCCACGGUGGCGUCCACGACUACCAGGCCCUCGCCGAUAUCGUCCACGAGAAGAAGGGUCUUCUCAGCGCUUCCACCGACCUGCUCGCUCUCACCAUGCUCAAGCCCCCUGGUGAGUUCGGCGCCGACAUCGCCAUUGGUAACUCCCAGCGAUUCGGUGUCCCUCUGGGUUACGGUGGUCCUCACGCUGCUUUCUUCGCUACUUCCGAGAAGUACAAGCGCAAGAUCCCUGGCCGUCUCGUCGGUGUUUCCAAGGAUCGUCUCGGCAAGCCUGCCCUGCGUCUCGCUCUCCAGACUCGUGAGCAGCACAUUCGACGUGAGAAGGCCACCAGCAACAUCUGCACGGCCCAGGCUCUUCUUGCCAACAUGUCUGCUUUCUAUGCUGUUUACCACGGUCCCAAGGGUCUUAAGACUAUUGCUCAAGAUAUCUGGAGCAAGACACGCCUGGCUCAGAGCCUUAUCCUUGAGAAGGGCGAGUUCAAGCUCCACACCGACGGUCUUCGUGAGGAUGGAUCUGUUCUCUUCGACACUGUGACCCUGAAGGGCACUCCUGAGGCUGUUGCAAAGGUUCAUGAGAAGGCUGAUUCCCAGAGCAUUAACCUUCGACGCGUUGCCGAGGACAAGGUUGGCUUCUCUCUUCACGAGGGUGUCUCGCUCGAGAGCCUCAGCAACCUUGUCAAGAUCUUUGGCGUUUCCGAGUCCGAUUUCAACGCCGCCCUUGAGUCCGACCAGGGCAAGUUCCUCAACGACGAGAUUCCCGCCUCUCUGCAGCGAAAGACCGGUUACCUUGAGCAGCCCGUCUUCAACCAGUACCACACUGAGACCGAGCUCCUACGAUACAUCUACCACCUCCAGUCCAAGGAUGUUUCCCUUGUCCACUCUAUGAUUCCUCUGGGCUCUUGCACCAUGAAGCUCAACGCCACCACCGAGAUGCUUCCCGUCUCCGACCCCGGUAUCAACAACAUCCACCCCUUCGCCCCCGUCGAGCAGGCUUCCGGCUACCAAGCUCUUAUCAGCUCUCUCGCCAAGAACUUGUCUGAGAUCACCGGCAUGGACGCUACUACUCUGCAGCCCAACUCUGGUGCCCAGGGUGAGUUCGCUGGUCUUCGCUGUAUCAAGGCCUACCACGAGGCUCGUUCUGGAGACAAGCGAAAGGUUUGCCUCAUCCCUGUUUCUGCUCACGGUACCAACCCUGCCUCCGCUGCUAUGGCCGGUAUGAAGGUCGUCACUGUUAAGUGUGACGCUAAGACUGGUAACCUGGACGUCGAGGAUCUCAAGGCCAAGUGCGUUAAGCACGCGGACGAACUUGCUGGCAUCAUGGUUACAUACCCUUCCACCUUUGGUGUCUUCGAGCCCGAGAUCAAGCAAGUCUGCGACCUGGUCCACGAGCAUGGCGGUCUCGUCUACAUGGACGGUGCCAACAUGAACGCCCAGAUUGGUCUCUGCAGCCCCGGUGACAUCGGCGCUGACGUCUGCCAUCUCAACCUCCACAAGACCUUCUGUAUUCCCCACGGUGGUGGUGGCCCUGGUGUUGGUCCUAUCGCUGUCAAGUCUCACCUUGCCCCUUACCUCCCUGGCCAUCCUGAGAUUGACCCUCAGCGCAUUGGUGGCGAGCGUGACAGCACUGCCGUUGCUCCCAUUAGCGCCGCUCCUUGGGGCAGCGCCUCUAUUCUCCCUAUCAGCCACACCUACAUCCUCAUGAUGGGUGGUGAUGGCCUCACCAAGCAGACUGGUACCGCCCUCCUCAACGCCAACUACAUCAUGUCCCGUCUCCUACCCCACUACAAGGUCGUCUACACCAACUCCAACGGCCGAUGCGCUCACGAGUUCAUCCUUGACGUCCGACCCUUCAAGGAGUCCGCCGGUGUUGAGGUUGCCGACAUUGCGAAGCGAUUGGCAGACUACGGCUUCCACUCUCCUACCAUGAGUUUCCCCGUCUCCGGAACGCUCAUGAUCGAGCCCACAGAGUCCGAGUCCCGUGCUGAACUCGACCGCUUCUGCGACGCCCUUAUCCAGAUCCGCAAGGAGAUCGCUGACGUCGAGUCUGGCAAGGUUCCCCGCACGAACAACCUCCUCACCAACUCCCCUCAUCCCCAGGAAGACCUCGUCUCCUCCGAGUGGGACCGCCCCUACACCCGUGAGGAGGCAGCCUAUCCUCUGCCCUACCUGAGGGAGAAGAAGAUGUGGCCGUCCGUGGGACGUGUGGACGAUGCCUACGGUGACACCAACCUGUUCUGCACAUGCCCCCCUGUUGAGGGAUCUGAGAACUUGUAG